GUUACAGGUUUUACUGAUGCUGAAGGACAUUUUUUUGUUAGUUUAAAAAAUAAAAACACCAAAUUAUUGCCUAAUAUAACUUUAGGAUAUAAAGUUAGUCAAAAAGAAGAUUCGGGUGGUGUACUCUAUGAUUUACAACGAUUUUUUAAAUGUGGUAGAGUAGUAAAAGAGCGUGAAGGAUAUUUGAAAUAUGAAGUAACUAAAUUUGAUGAUAUUAUUUGUAAAAUUAUUCCACAUUUUAAAUUAUUUCCUCUUGUAACUUCUAAGUUUUUAAAUUUUGUAGAUUUAGAAAAAGUAGCUGAAAUCUUAGUUAAUAACAAAAAAAUAACUUUAAAAGAAUCAGACUAUAUUUUUAAUAUAAUUUCAAAUAUGAAUAAAGGAAGAACAUUUGAAGAUAAAUUUCAUUUUACAAAUAGUUUAAAUAUAUCUUUAAAACCUGAAUGA